UGGUCAAAUAGAAAUUUUAGAAACUUCAAAAGGCAAAUAUAAUUAUAACAAUAAUUUUGCCAAAGAAUUUAAAUUUGCAUUCUGUUCAUCAUAUAAUAGCAAGUGGUAUUGUGUUGGAAAAGCUAAAUCUAAAGUAGAACCAAAUAAUGAUAAACAUCUUGAUAAUACAUUAGAGAAUAAUAAUAUAAUUGAUAAUGCUGUUGAAUCUACUACCACUACGUCCUAUUCAUCAAGUCAAGCAAAUCAAUCAGCAUAUAAAGCAGCAGAUUCAUAUUCAUCAGAUUAUAUAGGUCAACCAAUAGAAGAUUUAUUAUCUGAUGGUGUUGAGGAAUUAGAAAAUGAUAUUCAUUCUAAGUUUGAUAGAUAUCUAGAUGAUGAAUAUAAUAAUGAUAAAGAAGAAUUUUUAUUUAAACGAGUAAAUAUUUUAGCAGAAUCUUGUGAUGAAUUUCGAUAUCAAAUUCUUUCAAAAGUUCGACUUCAGUUAGAUAAUUUUACUAUUACUCAAGAUAAUUAUGUUUUGUCAUAUAAAAUAGCAAAAGAAUCUGGAGCUGGAACUCAAAUUUUUGAUGAAAAUGACUUUAAAAGUUUUGUAAAGGAUUAUAAUAAUGCUAUAAAUAAGAAAAAGGAAAUCUUUAUCAAUGUUCAAAUACAAAAAAUUUUAAAAAAUAAUCCAAAAAAACGAUUAUAUAAAUCGAAUCCUGAAGAACUAAGUAGCGAUGAUAAUUCUACUAAAAAGCAACCAAAACUAUUUGGUAAAAAGCCUAAAGUUUCUUAUCUUGAUGAUGAAAGACAUAUUAUUUCUCAAAUUCGUGAAAAAUAUUAUUGUGCUAAUUGUGAAGGAUCAUGUUGGCCUACUGAAACUGGUCAUAUUAAACUAUCUGGUAUGCAUUAUACGACUUGGGCUCGAGCUAUUUCAAACGGAAUAGCUGAUAUUAAUACGCCACCUUGUCAUGCAAUAUUUACACUUCCACCUAAACCAAGAGGAACAUCAAGUUCUAAUCAACUAUCAUCUAAUUUAAAUAAUUCUUUUCAAAAUUAUUCUUCAAUACAAUCAUUAACUAAUUUUGCAACACAACCUACAAAUUAUUUUUCAACUCAACCUAUAACUAAUUCUUCUACACAACUACCAACUAAUAUAUCAAAUCAAAUACCAACUAGCUUAUCAUCGCAAUUGCUAGCUAAUUUGUAUACACAAUUACCAACUAAUUUACCAACACAAUUACCAACUAAUUUGUCUACACGAUUACCAAAUAAUUUGUCAACACAAUUACCAAAUAGUUUGUCAACACAAUCUUUAGUAAAUUUUUUAUCUCAACCACCACCAAUUAAUCUUUCAUCACAACCAUUAGCUAAUUUUUUUUCUCAAUCACCUAAUAUUCCUUUACAAUUACUACCUAAUGUCCCCUUACAAACAUUAUCUAAUAGUUCUUUACAAUUAUUAUCUAACAAUUUUUUACCUAACAAUUUUUUACCUAAUAAUUUUUUACCUUAUUAUAUACCAUUUCCAGUUAUUCCUAAUUUACAAUCAUCAAAUACUUCAACAUUACAAGAAUCUGUAACUACAAAAUCUAUUCCUAGCCUCAAAGAAUUUUUAACAGAAGUUGAGGAUGCUGGUGGUGAAAUUUUAGCAUGUUUGCCAAAAUUUCAGGAUCAAGGUAUUCGAAUUAAAUGGAUAAGUAGAUUAACAGAUGAUCAAUUUAAAUUAGUAGGAAUUGAGAAGUCCGGAUGGCAAAUAGCAUUACAAGAAGCUUCAAAAGAAUAUACAGCAGCCGAGGUCCCACCACCGCUGCCCGCUUACGAAUUUGAAAUACGAAACAAUGAAAGCCUUACCCAAUUGUACGAUUAUGCCGACGUGAUGAACAUUUUCCAUGCCAACAAUGACACAAAACGACAAAAUCAUCCUCCUCCUAUAUUAUAG